AUGGCUCCGAAACUCUACUGCACCAAAGAGUCUGGGAACUGCUACAAAGUGCGACUACUGGCCAGUUUCCUCGAUCUCCAACUUGACCAAGUUGAGGUGGACUUUUUCAACAUUCAACACCGCUCACCGGAGUUUCUAGCCAUUAAUCCCCGCGGAGAGCUACCGACUCUCGUCGAUGAGGGGAAAGUCUUCAAUGAUUCGAGCGUAAUUCUCGUAUAUCUCGCUGGGACCAACCCUGACCCAAGUUCCAAGACGGUUCCAUCGAGUUAUUGGUCUUCCGACGUGGUCGAGCAGGCAUCUAUCGUGGACUGGCUCGCCUUCACGGCCAGCUGGAUUCAAUUUGGACUUUCAAAAGCCAGGGCGAUUGUGUCGUUCAAUUGGCCUGCUGAUGCCAGCGAGGAGACUCUUACGGAGGCAAAAAAUCGAGGCAUGAAGUCCCUCGAGAUUCUAGAGAAGAGGCUCGAGAAGGAGCAAUGGUUGGCUUUGGCGAGGCCGACGGUUGCGGACGUGUCGGUGUUUGUCUAUGUUGCCCUAGCGCAUAUGGGCGAUAUCUCGCUGGACCCGUAUCCUGCUGUCAAGGCAUGGAUAGAAAGAAUACAAGGUUUACCCAGGUUCAUUCCACUGGAUGGGUUGGACAAGGCGAUGCACCAGCGUUGA